AGCGGCGCCGCCUCUACUUAAAGCGCGCCCAGCGCGGCGGCCGCCUCCUCCAGCCCACGGCCAGGCGGCUGCACCAUGUCGGACCGGCUGCCCUACAAAGUGGCUGACAUCAGCCUUGCAGACUGGGGUCGCAAGGCCAUUGAGAUUGCAGAGAAUGAGAUGCCAGGGCUGAUGAAGAUGCGGGAGAUGUACUCUGCAUCCAAGCCCCUGAAAGGCGCCCGCAUCGCCGGCUGCCUCCAUAUGACUGUGCAGACAGCAGUGCUCAUAGAGACCCUCAUCGUGCUGGGGGCUGAGGUACAAUGGUCAAGCUGCAACAUUUUCUCCACUCAGGACCAUGCUGCAGCUGCUAUUGCAAAAGCUGGUAUCCCUGUGUUUGCCUGGAAAGGGGAGACAGAUGAGGAAUACUUGUGGUGCAUUGAGCAGACCCUGUACUUCAAGGAUGGGCAGCCCCUCAACAUGAUUCUGGAUGAUGGUGGAGAUCUUACCAACCUAGUUCAUACCAAAUACCCACAGCUGCUGAAAGGAAUUAGAGGUAUUUCAGAAGAGACAACCACUGGUGUUCACAACCUGUACAAGAUGAAGGCCAAUGGGACCCUGAAAGUGCCAGCUAUCAAUGUGAAUGACUCUGUCACCAAGAGCAAGUUUGAUAACCUUUAUGGCUGCAGAGAGUCCCUCAUUGAUGGCAUCAAGCGUGCCACAGAUGUCAUGAUUGCUGGGAAGGUGGCAGUGGUGGCAGGAUAUGGGGACGUGGGCAAGGGUUGUGCCCAGGCCCUGCGGAGCUUCGGAGCCAGAGUCAUCAUCACCGAAAUCGAUCCCAUCAACGCGCUCCAGGCAGCCAUGGAAGGUUAUGAAGUUACAACCAUGGAGGAGGCCUGCAAAGAGGGCAACAUCUUUGUCACCACCACUGGCUGCACUGACAUUGUGCAGGGGAGGCACUUUGAGCAGAUGAAGGAUGAUGCCAUAGUGUGUAAUAUUGGCCAUUUUGAUGUGGAAGUUGAUGCCAAGUGGCUGAAUGACAAUGCAGUGGAGGCAGUGAAUAUCAAACCUCAGGUGGAUCGCUACACCCUGCGCAACGGCCGCCACAUCAUCCUGCUGGCCGAGGGCCGCCUGGUCAACCUGGGCUGUGCCAUGGGCCACCCCAGCUUCGUCAUGAGCAACUCCUUCACCAACCAGGUCCUGGCUCAGAUCGAGCUCUGGACCCACAGUGACAGAUAUGCUGUGGGGGUGCACUUCCUGCCAAAGAAGGUGAGUGACAGCCGUACAGUGGUGCUGCACAGGAGGCCAACUUUGGGUGUGGCUUUGUUGGUGCUUGAAUUCAUUUUCCUGCUGAAGGUUUUUGUUGCAAAGUGGUUCUGUCCUUCAGAGGAUGUUUGGCUUUGGGCAUGCUGGGUGUGAAUGAGCUGUUCUUUUGUGUGCAGAACUGGGACUUGCUGGUCCUGUGACAACAUCCAGGCACUUCUUGACUUCUCUAAGG